AAGAAGGCAAGGGCGUGUUAUUUGUCUUCAAAAUUCAACAUGGUCUUCAGCUCCGAACAUUUGUCAGAAAGUAGGUUGUUCUGCUCCAGAUGUUAACAACGGGAUACUGACACCGAUGCCUAGACCUGGAGAGGCGACCUAUGCAUUUGAGGACAGAGUUACAAUUGAAUGUGAUUUUGGGUAUGAUAUCAAAGACAGUAUCAAUAGAAAUGCUCAGAUUCACUGCAAACGUGAUGGCACAUGGGAUCCUGCCGUACCAGUUUGUGAACCAGUUUGUGCCCAACCCCCGAACAUCUCCCAUGGUCAGUACAAUGACUGGGGCAAGAGAGUUUUUGUUGUUGGCUCAUCAGUAACUUACAAAUGUGACAGAGGCUUCUCACUUGUUGGAAAAGCCUCCAUUCAGUGUAUCGCUGGUGAUGAGGUCACUCCAACCUGGAGCGAGCCUACUCCUCAGUGUGAAGAGACUCAGUGUACAGUCCCACGUAUUCAACAUGGAAGCCCGAAAUCUCCACUUCCACAUAACUACACGUACAGAACCAGUGUAACGUUUCAGUGUGAUCCUGGUUACAUCCUCAGAGGCCCUGAUAGGGUUCAAUGCCAAGCUGAUGGCAAGUGGUAUCCCCAGCUACCCAUUUGUGACCUAGUCAUAACUACCCAGGACAAACCCACAACUGUCCCUCCUGAAGGAGCAGAAGUAGCUGGGACUUCCUCAGGUUCUGUGCUGAACACUCCUGGCAACUCUGCUGAGCCUGAAGGGCAUGUCAUAGUCAUUGCAAUAGGCAUUAGCACCGGUAUUGGUAUCGUAGUUCUUGGUGCAGUUCCUGCAAUUAUAGCAUCGGCAAUUUUGAAGAAAAAUAGGAUCAAGGUCAAUGCUAGCUAAUGGCUUACAAAUUAACAGAUAUUAUAUUGGAAGAAAAGAAUGGAAAAGUUAGGAAAUAAGCUUCAUACAUUUGCACUGAAUUUUGGUAAUGAAAACAGACCCCUCUCAGGCACAUUCACUACAACUUUUCUCCUUUGAACUGGACUUGUAAUUGGAAUCCACUG